UUUGACAUUCCAUUGUGCAAUGUAAACAUUCAAAUUCGAUUUUAUUCCCAUUUUUACAAAUUAUUUUAAAUAAUGUAACUUAAAAAAGUUUUAUAAUGAAUGGAAAUUUAACAAAAAGCUCCAUAAAUAAAAGCUUAAGAGAUUUGCAAAGUCGUGCUAUCGGUAACGGCGUGAACGUGGUGCUAUUAAACCAGUAUAAUUACAUCUGCAAUUAUAAUGUAACUGUGGAACAGCAGAAAAGUUCUAAAAAGAUUGUGAUUUUCGUAGUAGUUUUUAUAUUUUUAUUAUUAACUGUAAGCAGCAACGUAGUGGAUAGUUUUCUAAGCGCAAGGUGUUUAUUUCCGAGCAACUACUUGAUAUGGGAGGCCACCAGGCCGCUCGCUGAUUGUAAUUACUGUAUAAACGUUACUAAACCGGUAGUUCUACGAAACAUCACCCGGCGGGAGUUUGCGAAAUAUGCAUAUUCAUCCAGACCUAUUAUAGUAAAGAAUGCAAUAAGCCACUGGAGGGCUACUAAAGAGUUCAACUUCCACUUGUUCAAGAGGCUCUAUGAGCAGACGGAGGGCAGCUACGAGAGCUUGGAAGAUGGAUGCCAGUUCCUUAACUUUAAAACUGAUUUGUAUUCACUGAAGGAAGUGUUUGACAUGCCAGACAAGAGAGCCAGGAAUGCAGCUGGAGAGCAGCCUUGGUAUGUUGGAUGGGGCAAUUGCCAUCCAGAUAUCCUAGCAAAAGUGAGGAAGUACUACAGCAUUCCCGAGUUUCUGCCUGAAGACGCAGAGUUUGCAGCCACUGAAAAUAUUUUCUUUGGAUAUGAAAUGGGGGCAGUUAUGCAUUUGGACUACAUUCCCAGAUUGAUGUGGCAAGGUCAGGUGAGUGGCAACAAGACGUGGGCCAUCGCGCCGGUGCCCGAGUGCGACAGUGUGUGCCACAAGUUCCAGUACUAUGUGGAACCAGGUGACGUUGUGUUGCUGGACACCCGCAUCUGGUACCACGCCACGAGCCUCCCCAAGGGUCAGUUUUCCUUGACAGUGCAGUCUGAAUAUGGGUAGAAUAAGUAUAGUGUUUCCGUGAGUGACAAGUACAAAAAUAUGAUAUUCUGUAACAUAUCGAGACCAAAUUUUACAAUGGUUUUGUUUAAUUUUACAAAGUAUUUAUGUAUGUAUGUUUUAUUUAUUCUUGCUCAUAAGCUUUUCUAUGUGCCAUUGAUUGAUGUAGUGCAACUACUUUCUUCUGCCAAAUUAGUUAAGAUAAAUUAAAUUGUCUUUCUAUGUUCUUGUUAAUAAACUUUAUCAUUU